AUGACAUCCGCGAAGGAAGGGAAGGCUGUUCCCGCGCUGCGGCAGCCUCUGGGCGCAGCAGAAGAGAGGCGCCGGAGCCCCCUGGCCCACUUCCCUCCCCCUGCCAAUUCCAGCAAACCUCUAACCCCCUUCGGCAUCGAAGACAUUCUCAGCAAACCUUCCGGGCACAAAGCCCCUUCCGCCCGCCUGCUGGAAAAGGUUGCCGGCUCAGCUGGAACCCCGCGGAACCGUGUGCCCGCUCCCGACUCUCCGCUCUGCGCCCUGGAGGAGCUGGCGAGCAAGACGUUCAAGGGGCUGGAACUCAACGUGCUUCAGGCGGCCGAAGGCCGGGACCAGCUGGGCGCCUUUGGGCCGCGUCCUCCGUCGAAAAAGCGGCGCAAGUCGCGCACGGCCUUCACCAACCACCAGAUCUACGAGCUGGAGAAGCGCUUCCUCUACCAGAAGUAUCUCUCUCCCGCCGACCGAGACCACAUCGCGGCGCAGCUGGGCCUGAGCAACGCGCAGGUGAUCACCUGGUUCCAGAACCGCCGCGCCAAACUGAAGCGAGACCUGGAGGAGAUGAAGGCCGACGUGGAGUCGCUAAAGAAGUUGCCCCCCGCCGCCCUGGAGAAACUGGCCAGCAUGCCCGAGCUGGAACCCCCGGGCGUCUCCGGACCUGCCCGAGCCCGCGGGAGCAACCUCUCCCGCACGUCGCCCCCGCCCUCACCCAGCGCUUCACGCCACACCACGGACCCUUUCUCCGACGGCGAGGAAGAGGAGGAGGAGGAAGAGAUCGACGUGGGAGACUGA